AAAAUACCAGCGAGAGAGAGGGAGAGAGAGAGAGAUGCAGAAGAGGGAGCAGAGCAAGUCGGGUGGAGUGGGUGGCGGGGCCUCGGCGCCGCCGGCGAAAAGAGGCCGCCCAUUCGGAAGCGGCGGGAAUAGCGCCGCAGCUGCGGCUGCCAUUGAUGAUUGGCGUGAUAUAGCCCUUCCAAAGGAACACGUAAAGGCGCCAAGAGUCAGAAAUUUGGGUGCAAAUUUGCUUGUAACUGGGUUUGGAAAUGAGUAUGAGGCAUUAGGUUCAAAUGGCACUCUCCCACUUCCUGGCUUGGGAUCCAGUUCUCAAGAAGCAUCGGUGCUGAGUAAUGUGACCAAACUUCGUUCUUCUUCAGAGUGGUGGCUUGAUGAAGAUGGUCUGUUUAAUCUAGAUGAAGAAGGUCGAGCAGAAAGACAGCAGUGUGCUGUUGCUGCUUCCAAUAUCAUUCGCAACUUCUCUUUUAUGCCAGAUAAUGAAGUCAUUAUGGCCCAGCAUCGCCAUUGUCUGGAAACAGUGUUCCAAUGCAUAGAAGAUUACCUUACAGAGGAUGAGGAACUUGUGACAAAUGCUCUUGAGACAAUUGUAAAUUUGGCUCCAUUGCUUGAUCUUGGCAUUUUCAGCUCAUCAAAGCCAUCCUACAUCAAGAUAACAGGAAAACGAGCAGUUCAAGCCAUCAUGGGGAUGCUGGGAUCUGUAGUCAAAACC